UUUCAGAAAUAAGCGCACAAAAACAUGAACAUCUUGAUUCUAAUUAGUGGGUUGGUUGCGAUCACGGUUGGCGAAACGCAACAACAACAACAGCAACAUAUACUCGUCCAAGAACUCCACAACACUUUCCGGCUGUUUGACGUGAAUCACGUAGGACAUCUUUCAGUGUCUGACUUCAUGGCUUACUACGAUAAACUGACCAAAGGCUUCAACGGCACCGUCAACCUUGACGCCUACACGAGGCUAAUACAUUUGCCGCCCGACAUAGCGAAGUUUUACUUCAGGUAUUACGACAUGAACGAUGACGGCGAGCUGACGAAAGACAUCGACAUCAGAGCCGUCUUCCACAUGUUCGACCACAACCACAAUGGACAAGUGAGUGAACACGAGUUUGUGGCUGAGGCUAUCAAGAUUCACCAGCAAAUGGCUAAACACGUCAGUCCAACGUCUCUGGAGUUUAUUGGUAUCGACGGUAACGGCGAUGGUUUCAUAACUCUGACGGAUUUCCAAAAGUUCUAUGACAGCUACGACCUGAACCACGAUGGCCAAAUAGACCUCCAAGAGUUUAUUAAGUCGUCACAUCUGGACAGAGCAACAGCUAGCAAAAUCUUCCACUUCGGUGACUCGGACCACAACAACGUCAUUGACAAGCAGAUUGAUCUCCUGGCUCUCAUCACCCACUACGACAAAAACGGUGAUGGAAAACUAAACUAUCAGGAAUACACGGCUUAUGGAAAUAAUCUUAGAGCAUUAUUUGUGACACCUGUUGGCAAGUAAACGAUAUCAAGGAAUCAACAGAGGACGAUGUCAGUUACUUCUAAUCGAAUGUGUCCAAUCUGAGAGUUUAUAUUUAGAAUAGAAAAAUGAAAUAUGA